AUGAGAUCGCCUUCAACAUCGGCUACUUUUCGAUUAAUUCCACAAUUCAUGAAAUCUUCAUCUUUUUCUAAACAACGACCAAGAGUUGUUAUUACUGAUUGGGAUGAAACAGUCACAAUUGAAGAUACAAUUCAAUAUGUAUCUGAAGUUCCUUAUUUAAAUAAUCCUUCAUUAUCACCACCUUUUUCACAAUUUGUUAAUAAUUAUUUUAAUAAUUAUUUAUCAUAUUCAAAGAGUUUUGGAGAUAGGAAAACAUUAGAAGAUGAAAUAAAUUUUCAAAAUGGUAUAUUAUCAAUUGAAUCUAAAUCAAUUGAAUCAAUUGAAGAUUUUGAAAUAUUUAAAAACUUAACUAGAUCAAAUUUUGAAAAACAAGCUUAUAAAAUUAAAUUUAGAUCAGGUUUUGUUGAAUUUGUUGAUAAAUGUAAUAAAUUAAAUAUUCCUAUUAUUAUCUUGAGUGCAAAUUGGACAAGUUUAGUUAUUAAUCAAGCUUUACUAAACCAUGGAAUUCAAGUAAAUCAAAUAAUUACAAAUGAAUUAAUAUUUGAAAAUGGUAAAACUACUGGUUAUUGGGAUAAAUCAAAUAGAAUUAGAGUAUCUCAAGAUAAAUUAGAUGUUAUUAAACAAAAAUUCGAUGGUAGUAAUAUAAUGUAUGUUGGAGAUAGCGGUACUGAUUUGUUACCUUUGUUACAUGCUGAUAUUCCAUGUGCUAUCGAAGAUACAAAAAUUGUAAACAUUAUUAAUAAUUUGAAUUUACAAGAUAGGAUAAAUAUCGGUAAUUGGCACGAUUUUGUAGAUUUUAUUAAAGAGGAAUAA